AUGGCUUUCUGUAUCACUUUCGGAACUCAUGAGUUCUCGUCUCAGCUUGAAGGCUAUGAGCAUGUCCGCGCAUACUGCUACAACUGCCAACAUUGGAAUGGGCACUGCAUUACUCGAUGGCCAUUCUUCACCGUCUGUUUCAUUCCUCUGAUUCCCCUUGCCAUUCACAAGUACAAGGAGGUCCAAUGCUACACAUGCCGAUACACUCAAGACCUACGCGACCGGCCGGAUAUCACACCGGAGACUCGACCUCCAGCAGGUGGGCAGUACGGCAUCCAGCCACCCCCGGGAGCUCAAAACUGGCAGCAGCCCCCCGGUCCUCCCCCUCAGGCACAGGGUGGUCUAGGAUACAAGUGA